UACCCGGCGGUAAGAGGCUUAUCCGCCCGGCUGAGCGCUGUGUCGGUUGAUUGUAAAACUGAACUCCGGGGAUUUUAUUCCCGCAGGAAAGACGGAGCGACGCUUCCCUCUUAAGAUCUCCAGCAUUUUCACAUCACAUUCCUGAAGUUUCUGAAGAGCUCAGCAGACGGGCCAACAGCAGACCACCAGGACCCUUCAGUCUGAGGAGGGAUAAAGACAGGAGUGUGUGUUUUCAAGUGAAGUGGCCCCUGUGUUUGCUGGAUAUGGCUUUUCUGUGUUUGAGAGAAAGACACCGGGACCAGAUCUGAGGUCAAGACCUUCCGCCUCCUCCCCUCCCCCCCGGAGUCACAUGACAGCGCGAGGCACAACCCGGGGUUGCUAUUGCUACCGACUGAAAUAUUUGUAUACUCACUUGGAAAAGCAACACAGACAGGAUCUCUCAUUGGGAGGGGAACGAUCCAGAGGAGCUUCAAAGUGAGUUUGCUUUGUAAGCUGUUCAUUUACCCCCCCCCUCCUCUCUACCCACAUACACAGAGUGUUCCCCUCCUCUCAGAUAAAGAGAAGUUUUCCCUGAAUCACCUCAAAUCGACCAAAAUGCCAGCAAAGACACCAAUGUACUUAAAAACUACAACUCCCAAGAAGGGUAAGAGGCUGAGGCUCCGUGAUGUGCUCUCAGGGGACAUGAUCAGCCCCCCGCUGGGCGACGUGCGUCACAGCGCACACGUGGGGCCGGAAGGUGAGGGCGACAUGUUUGGAGACGUGGGCUUCCUGCAGGGGAAGAUGGGCAUGCUGUCGGGGCUGAGCGGGGGGCCGGACGGGCGGUCCCACAGCGUGGAGCAGCGCCUGGACCACGGCCCGGACCCCCACAGCUACGCCUACAAUGGCUUCCACUACCAGCACUCCUCCAGCGGCCUGCUGAAGACCACCAUCUCCAUGCCCGUGUUCAUCGCCCACGAGCAGGCCCCACCCAAACCCCCACGCCUCCACCUCGACGACCCCUCCCCUCCUUCCCAACAGAACCACUUCCACCCCCACCAGACCCCCACAGACUCCAGCCACAGACAGCCUAACGGCCACAGCCGCUCGGGCAGCCGCAGCCAGAUGUUUGAGAACGGGUUGGUGGGCCGCCUGGCGUCAGAGCCCUGCAGAGACGUCUCCCUCCCCCCUGCCGUCCGCCGGCUCGUCCCCUCCUCCGGGUCCUUCUCGGAGGCCUCCUCUGAGGACUCCAUGUCAGAGACCUGCGGGCCCCUGGACAGUCGCCGGGGCCUCAGCCUGGACUUUGAUGCCGGCCUGAGCAAUGAGGACUUGAGGAGUGAGCGCAGUGACUCGCCCAGCCCCCCCUGCCGCCCGGCCCCUCUCACCGUCUCAGGGGGGGUGUCCAGGUCAGACUCUCUGAUGGGGUUGAAUCUGGAUCUGGGCCCCUCUAUCAUGGAGGAUGUCCUGAGCAUCAUGGACCGCUACAAGACUGAGGACAACCGCUGUGAGCUGUGAAGACUCUGUGUGCAGAUACAUCAAUCCUUAAAGACUUCAUAAAGAUGCUAACAAAGGAGACUGCUUAGCAGUGCUUCUGAACAUGUAUCUGGGCAGAUGGAGUGCCUGCCAUCCCACAAACUGCCAAGUAUUGAAACCCGGUCUGUGUUUUGUAUGGGUUGUCGAUCAGAAAACAUGGGAUUAAACAGGCUAUUCAGAUGUGUCCCCUCUUCUCAUGUCCCAUGCAGGCUCACUGCACUUCUCAGGAGGGGGGCUAAAGCGCUACAAAGGAGCGUUUCAGACAGUUCAAUUCAAUUCAAUUCAAUUCAAUUCAAGUUUAUUUAUAUUGCCCAAAAUCACAAAUCCUAUUUGUCUCAGAGGGCUUCACAAGUCAACAAACACAAUUGGCAAUGUAAAACAAUGUAAAAACAAAGACAGAGUGUGAAUACAGGUUUAUUCAGACAGGCAGUAUGAGAACAAUGAUGUGUUUUGUGAACAUUAAAGCUUGUAAAUAUGUUUUAGUAGAGACCCAAUGUAUGAACCUGAAAGUGAGCAUAUGUCCUCUUUGAUAAAGGUGAGAAGCAGGUGGACUUUGUUGUGUUGGGACGUUUCUGCCCGAUGGACAACAGACAAGGCAGAAGGCUGGUCCUUCAGAGCCUUUAACAAAGCUGAAACUCCUAACCAUUUACAUUUGAAGAUCCACUUCUAUCUCAAACACAUUCUGUGGACGGAAUACUGGCCUCCACCGACACUGCAUUGUCUAUUACUCUGAUUAAUGCUGAGCAUGUUCUGCUUGGUAAUGGUUAACAAAUUGCUGACUGAGUAGAUGUGUGGAGACGGGAGGACUGGGACGAAUCAGCAGCUGAGGACAAAACUCAGGACUCAGCCACUAAUGUCUUACAACUACAGAUGCUCAAAUAACACAUUUAAAGUCAUACUAAGCUGAACUGCAAACAUCAUUAUGCUCUAUCCAUAUUCUGUCCUUAUUCAUCUUGCCUGCCUGUUUCAGAAUCAUUCAUAUUGAUAUCUUUACUGGUUUACUGUAAUGCUUCAAUGCCAGAAGAAAUGUGAAGAACUUCUGAUUUGACUCUCCUCUUGUAAAAGAUGAAGAUGUAGGUUCAAAUGGUUUCUAAAGUGACAUGUGAGAACAGCAGCGCUAACAUUUCUUUCUUUCUUUUGAUCAGAGGGAAACAGACAGAGCGUAUUAUUGUAGUUCAACUCAUCAAAUGUUAUUCUGCUGCUUUUAGACCAUUUUCAAACAUUGGUCUUUCAAACCCCUCCUCUUCUACGUGGUGGCUCCCUGUCGGCCUCCAGCACCACUGUCUGGAUAUCACAGUAUUACUCACAUGUCAUGUAUGCUGUAUAUAUCUAUAUUACUGUAAAUGUAAGAAUAAAUUGUUAUAUACUGAG